AGGAAGUGAGGAAGUUAACGGAUGUGACGCUCGCCCGUUGACCCCCCCCUCCGCCCUAACAGUUUUCCCCCUGUACAAAAUGGCGCCCUUGGACCUGGAUAAGUACGUGGAAAUCGCUCGGCAGUGUAAAUAUCUACCGGAGAACGACCUGAAGCGAUUAUGUGACUAUGUGUGUGAUCUGCUGCUAGAAGAAUCAAAUGUACAGCCAGUGUCAACGCCAGUUACAGUUUGUGGAGACAUACAUGGACAGUUUUAUGAUCUAUGCGAGCUCUUCAGGACUGGAGGACAGGUCCCUGACACAAACUACAUAUUUAUGGGAGACUUUGUAGACAGAGGGUAUUACAGUCUAGAGACGUUUACCUAUCUUCUUGCCCUGAAAGCAAAGUGGCCUGACCGCAUUACAUUGCUGAGAGGAAAUCAUGAGAGCAGACAAAUUACACAGGUGUAUGGAUUCUAUGAUGAGUGCCAAACAAAAUAUGGAAAUGCCAAUGCAUGGCGGUACUGUACCAAGGUGUUUGAUAUGCUAACUGUAGCAGCUCUGAUAGAUGAGCAAAUACUAUGUGUGCAUGGAGGACUCUCUCCAGACAUAAAGACACUAGAUCAGAUCCGGACCAUUGAACGAAACCAAGAAAUUCCUCACAAAGGAGCAUUUUGUGAUCUUGUAUGGUCCGAUCCGGAGGAUGUGGAUACUUGGGCUAUCAGUCCUAGAGGAGCUGGCUGGUUAUUUGGAGCCAAAGUCACCAAUGAGUUCGUCCACAUCAAUAAUCUGAAGCUUAUUUGCCGAGCUCAUCAACUUGUCCAUGAAGGUUACAAAUUCAUGUUUGAUGAGAAGCUUGUGACAGUCUGGUCGGCCCCAAACUACUGUUACCGCUGUGGAAACAUUGCCUCUAUUAUGGUGUUCAAGGAUGUGAAUACUCGAGAGCCAAAACUCUUUCGCGCUGUUCCUGAUUCAGAGCGUGUUAUUCCUCCCAGAACCACCACUCCUUAUUUCCUCUGAGUGUUCUAACUGUUUAGCAGCAAAAUUAUGGACUGACUGUGUAUGCCUAGUGUUGUGCGUGGGAGCAAAGGAAUUGUCCUUCAUCAGAUGUUUUAAAGUGAAUAUAUAUAAAUACGAAGAAAAAGAGAAAUAGUUUGACAGAAGCUGCAUUAUUCCGUGUGAAAAUUAUUGCAGCUUUUGAAUUUGUAUAUUAAAAUUAUUGUACUGAUCUUAGGUUAUUUUCCCUUCCAGAUAUCUUGUAUUUUAAUAAAGUAACAUUAAAAGCCACAUAGAAGUUAAAUAUUCAGA